ACUUGUUUAAUCAGAAUGCCUGGACAAGGAUUUGGCAAAGCUCGAAGAAUUUCAAAGUUUUAUCGAGCAUUAGUUAGAGGGAUUCUCGAAUAUGAUGAGAUUUUGAUUGAGCAACCCAUCGGUAUGGUGCAAUAUCCAGGAGUGGCCAAAGGGCUAUACGUUGCUUCCUCAUCUGGGAAACCGGCUAUGAGCAAAGUCCAAGUCCUUGAGAGAGAUACACAGCAAAAUAGAACAGUGGUGCAGGUUGAGAUUCAUUCUGGGCGCCCACAUCAAAUUCGUAUUCAUCUUGCAUUCAUAGGACAUCCACUUGUAGGAGAUCCUCUUUAUCAGGGUGGUGGGCAGCCAAACUUACUUGAAACUGAAACUAUAGAGGACAGUUUUGCUGAAGACGGGGGCUACCAGAAACCUGAAAGACCUUUGCCCGGAGAUUGUGGUUAUUACUUGCAUGCUCGUCGGCUUGUUCUCUGCCACCCCUCAAUGGAGAAGAUGAUUGAAAUUAUUGCUCCACUCCCUUCCAUACUACAAACAAGACAAGAAUCAAAUCAAAUUAGGGCUGCAGAAGGGAUGCUGACAUAUGAAAUGGCUUCUUAAUGGAGGAGCAUCUCUGAAGUUAGUUUAUAUAAAUAAGGAAUCUUAGAAUACAUGUAGCGAAGCACUUUUAUGAUGACUUUUUUCAUUUCUUAUGUAUUUUAUUUUCUUAGACGUUUGUAUUGUCAGUUCUUUAUGUGUCAUAUUUCAGAGUUUUUGUGCGUUUUGGAUUAUUUUAGGUCAUGAUAUUGAUUUUACUAACCCAGCAUUUUUUGACUUCUACA